AAGAAGUCCAGGUAGUACACCGGUUUCUGUGGACGCUGGGCUAAGCUGAAUCGACAAAUUAACCAGAGAUACAGGGAGCGAAAAAGAGGAGGCGUUUGCCGAUGCUAGCGUCAUCAUCGUCCAGAUUUUUUCCCAUUCUCCCUCCACCGGUGACUUCCGGUAAACUGUUGUCGCUCGAAGGGAAGAACCCCGACGGACAGGAAGGGGCGAGGGAAAAUAAGAAGUAAACUCACGCCGGGGAGGACUAUAGGACGAGACGGGACUCACAUCAGGGAAAGCUGGCGUCUUCCUUUUUCUUUCUCCCCCUCCCACCCACCCAUAAGCAGGCAACAAGGCAGCCCAUGACCAGAUAAACACCCAUCAAUGCGUCAGGCUUAGGGGGAGGCCCGGAAUACGAGUGAAAUUCUUGUGGGCCAAGAUCGUUUUAAAGGUCGUUGGGAUGGACGAGAUCGCAAGCUGUUGCUGAGGUUUCGCCGUAGUUGACAUCCACUCCACCGAGGCCGCCUUCGCUGCGUGGGCUAUUUUAAGGGCAGGUUGCCAGAGGGAGAUAAAUAAAUGUGUGGGUCGACACCUCUUCCGAUUUCCAGCUGAAAUCGGCACUAUCUGCUAUUCAUAGUCUAUAAAUUUCAGAUCGCGUCAACCCGGUGUGUUGGAAAUUCGUAACACAACAGACUGAACUGAGCUUGUUGCAUUGUGGGUCUUUUGGACGCAGAUAAGGCGAAGUGGUCUUGACGACCUCAGUGCUGAAACAAAAACAAAAAAUUGAGCGGCGCAGGAGUAAUCGGGAACUGAUGUGUUAGAGACUUUUUUUUUAGUUUGGGCUGGAGCCUUGCCUAACCCAUUCUCUGCCAUCAUGGCCAAGCUUUAUGACUUCCAGUGGCAGAUUACUGUACCGGACGGUCUGCUGCACGGAGCAACAUUUGAACGCUAUGAUGAGGAUUCUGGCAGUGUUGAGCAGAACUGCUUCUUUCGAGUGGAUGAAUACGCAUUUUUCAUCAUUUGGAAGAGCGAAGGAAGGGAAGGCCAAGGGUUGGAGCUUUCUCAAAUCAAUGACGUCCGCAAAGGCAUUGCACCCAAGGUAAGUGAACUAAUUGAAAUGACCAUUGUUUUACGUUGGUGAAAUUAAUUCCAGAAAUGCCGAGGAAAUGCAGAUUAGAAUGUGUCCCUCGGGGAACGAGCAAAACAUCCAUAGGGUAAGGAAUGUGGGCGAUUGUAAAGUAACGGGCCCUGUUGCUAUAAGAGAACAGAAAUCCACUUUUAAUUUAUUGGACUCACAAAACUAGUUAGCCACAUUUACAUGUAUAACCAACAGGAGUUUUGUAGAUAGAGGGCAGGGUUUGGAUUUUUUUGAGCUAAAGUUUGGGGGUAAAACGACGGUGAAGACGACAACACGAAAAUAAAGAUGGCGAUUACUGUGACGCACUCUGAAUACAUGUACACAAAAUCACGCUGAGAACAUAUAAAACAUCUAAAGGAAUGUCGUGAUCGAAACAUACCGUACGUGUAUAAUCGUUGGUUUGCAAUUGAAAGCGCAGUAUUAAGAGAGCGGUUCAAGCUGUUGCCAGAUUCAUCCUUGCUUGAACUUGGCUGUGCAUGUCUCAUGAACCUUGCUCUUUGUGUACAGAGUUUGUUUUUUCCUUCUUUUCAUCUUACUCUUAAGUGAUGCAUCUUUCCAAAGAAAGACCUUGGCCUUUAGGU